AUGCAUUCAAAGACCCUUCUUUUGGCUUUGCUUGGCGCCAUGAGCGUCUCAGCUGCCUCUAUCAGACGAGAGAACAACGGCGCCGAUUUUGGCAAAUGCACUCCGACUAUGGACUUUAAACUUGGCCGUCCCGGGCGCAAGGCUAAUGAGGGCACGUUUCUGCCCACGGAUCCCCUUGUCAAGGGGGGGCAGCAGGAUGCACUAAAUCCGAACAUCAUUACGAAUGAGAUUUGCAAUCAGCUUACCAACGUUUGUGGUGCGAACCAAGCCGCAAAGACCAAAUGUCAGGAUGCCAAGGCCAAGGUCGCGGCGGCGGGUGUCAAAGAUGCGUCGGCUGCGACGAUCUUCAACAGCGCCCUGGGCUUUUAA